GAAAAUAAAACCACCACUGCCACCAUCAAACAAAGUGUCGGCAACACAUUUAACCGUUUCCAACCGUUUUCCUCGGGUUCCGGAAUAUCCGGUGCCGACAUUCUAACUGACAAUGAAGCACCACCACCGUGUCUCCUCCGCCUUGGUUCUUUUAAGCCUAUGCUUCAUCCUUGUGCAAGGAAAGUCUAAGCAAAGUAGUGUCCACAUUGACACACAUUGGCACCCGGGAACCGCUACCUGGUACGGAGGGGCUGAGGGAGACGGUAGCACAGGAGGUGCGUGUGGGUACGGUAAUUUGGUGGACGUGAAGCCGUUAAGGGCAAGAGUAGGGGCAGUGGGGCCAGUGCUGUAUAAGAAGGGAGAAGGGUGCGGAGAGUGUUAUAAGGUCAAGUGUUUGGACCAUACAAUAUGUUCAAAGCGGGCAGUGACGGUUAUAAUAACAGAUGAGUGCCCUGGCUGCCCGUCUGAUCGAACACACUUCGACCUCAGUGGGGCUGCUUUUGGUCACAUGGCUCUUCCUGGUGAGAAUGGUCAGCUCAGAAAUAGAGGUGAAAUUCCAGUGGUUUACAGAAGAACAACGUGCGUAUACACUGGCAAAAAUAUUGCCUUCCAAGUGAAUGAAGGCUCCACACCAUUUUGGUUGUCACUUCUAGUGGAGUUUGAAGAUGGAGAUGGGGACAUAGGCUCCAUGCUUAUACAAGAAGCUGGGUCUAGUGAGUGGCUGCAAAUGAAACAUCUAUGGGGUGCAAAUUGGUGCAUUACUGCUGGACCUUUGAAAGGACCUUUUUCUGUUAAACUAACCACUUCCAGUGGGAGAAGCCUCACUGCUAAGGAUGUUAUUCCAACUAAUUGGUCUCCCAAAUCCACUUAUACUUCUCGCUUAAAUUUCUCUCCUUAACUAAUUAAGCUCGCUCCCAAAGGGAGUAAGUAAAUAAUUCAUAACUACCUUUUUAUCAGGAUCAACCAAAAAUCAACCGUGAAUACUAUUUAGUCACGUGUCAUAUAAAUCGUUUGAUCUCGUAUCGACCUACUGUUGUUUUUUUUGGUAGUGGAAUUUGGAUCCACUUACUGUUAUUUUUCCUUUUUUUUAAUGAAAAAAUGUAAGAAAGUCUAAAGUUGAGUGCACAAGAGAGUGAUUUUUUACUUUGUAUGCCUAGAUAUAGUUGAUUUUGAUGUGCAAUUAUUUGUAAUUUUUGUAUCGAAAGUUAUGUAGCCCUCUCCAAAGAGGAGAGAGAGCUUGUAUUAAUGUAAUGUAGUAUCCAUUGCUUAAAUAAAGACUUUAUUAUUAAUGGGAAA